UUAAAUAUUAGCUAAUGUGUUGCUAAGAAGAAAAGUUUGCACGUAUUUCUUUUAAAUAAAUUUGAAAUGAAGCCAGUUUUAAUAGUUUGUUAAAUUUUUAAAAUAUAGAUUUGAAGCGCGUUUGAAGCAUGGCGGAAAGUUGGACAUUUUGUUAAAGUUUGGCUUUAAAGAUAUAAUAGUUCAUCAUAAAUUUUUAAAACAAAUUAUGUUAUAACUGACAUUACAAGAGAUCAAAUUUUGAAUGGAUUCACAAUUCAUUAUUUAAAUUUAUAUUUGAUAUAGCAUGCUUAUCAAAACAGAAAUGCAACUAGAUGCAAUUGAUGAAGUUGAUGAAUGUGGGGAUUUAACAGAUGAGAAACUUAUUAUAUCAAGCUCUAAAAAACCAGCUAUUUACAAACAUAAGGCAACUGUUGAUGUUACACAAGCAAAAAAAGAAAUUGAAAUUGCUCGAGAAGAGUGGGAUCAAAUAGGGUCUAUUGAUUAUGUUUCUACAUCUGUCAUAGCUCAAACUUCUCUCAUCUCUUCUGAUGAAGUAUUGAACUAUUUCCGACAAAAGGAUAUGAAGCAAUAUUUGAAGUGCAUCAAACCAGUAAAACAGAGGAAAGGAUUUGAAGCUCUGAAGCACUGGUUUGCUGGACCUCCAAAGCUGCAUUCAAAUUUGAUUGCUGAAAGAGAUUUGUUUUUUGCCAUUGCUUUAUGCCCUUUUGAUUCAAGCGAUGAAAUACACAUGAGAGUCUUGCAGACUUUAUAUAAAACUUUAACUGGAACUGACAAAGAUUGUCCACGUUAUGGAAAGCACUGGGAAGAGUUAGGGUUUCAGGGUGUUGAUCCUGGAACAGACUUAAGGGGAGUUGGAUUUCUGGGCCUUGUUCAUUUGCUAUCUAUGAUCCUUAACCCAACGACUGCAGAUCUAGCAAAAGAAAUUUUGCAACUUGCAAAGCAUGAGCAACAGAACUUUCCUUUCUGCACUAUGGGUAUAAAUAUUACAAGGAUUGUUGUGGAAACUAUGAGAGAAGAAGCCUUAAAUCGAGAGUGCAAUCGAAAAAUGAACAUAUUCCAAGUUACUAAUGAUUUUUAUGCUGGAAUCUUUCUCCAUUUGUUUGUGAUCUGGAGAGAUCAAAAGAAGACUAUUAUGGAUUCUGGUUAUGUGAUUAAAGAUUUGACUAAUACUGCAAAGAAAAAUACUUCUGUGAUAUUCAGAGAUUUGUUUUCAUAUGUGAAGGUAUAAUGGAGUCUUUCUAAAUAUUUUUCUUUUUAAUAUUCAUUAAACCAUCACAUAAAUUUUAUUGAAAUAAUGCUGAUUGUAAUGAAGCAAUAUUCUUGUUUAAGAAAUAUAUGAAUAUUUCCUAAAAAGUUUUUCAUAUUAUAGUAGAUUUAUUCUUUAAAGAAAUAAUUUACAUUGCCAUUGUGAAAAUAAACCAAAGCAAAAAGUUGUAUCUCCAGUAAAAAAACUACUUGAGUAAUAUUUCUUGCUUGGCUUAUUGCAAAGUUUAGGUUUGAAUAUUUAACUUAAAAAUGUGACUUUAUUCCAUUAAUCAUUAGAUAAUCUUUUUGAAUUAUAAAUUUUGCAUCAUCAUAUUCAACUACUUUUCAUUACCAAUUUUUUUGCCUAAUUAAAUUAUCAGUUUUUUUUA